GAGCCACCGGUCACCUCUUUUGCUGUAGAUGUGUGUAAUCCCAUCUUCACAUAGUCUGCCGGCAGCUCAAGGUGUUUCUCAGAGAAUCUCCUGAGAGCAGACGGAUUGCAGAGGUUCAUAACUCACUGUAUAGGAAGCUUUGGGUGUCCCCUGUCCCAGGAGCCUGAACCAACACAGUAAAACAGCAACAUGAAUGAUACGAGGCGCGAGGUGCAGCCAGGACCUCAGGCUUAUGCUAGGAACGGGACUCUGGAGAGUCCUCGGAAGUUUUACAAUCAGGAUUUUGAGGCGCUGAGAGAUAUCCACCUGGUGAAGGGCGUCCUAUUUACCGAUGAAACCUUCCCAGCGAAUAUGAACAUUAUCGGUUCCAAAUUGAAUGUGGAGUUCAAUACGCAAAACAUUAAAUGGAUGCGACCAAUGGACCUGUGCAAAAAUCCACAUUUCAUUGUGGAUGACAUGAAUCUAUUUGACAUUCUGCAAAGUCAACUUGGUGACUGCUGGGUGUUAUCUGCAAUGGGCGCUCUCACACUCAACUCCACACUAUUGAAGAACGUUGUACCGACAAACCAGAGAUUCAGUAAGAACUAUGCCGGAAUCUUCCAUUUCAGGCUGUGGCAUCUCGGAGAGUGGGUGGAUAUCGUUGUAGAUGACAUGUUGCCAUUUCUCAAUGGGCAGUACUUGUCCGUGCAUCCGUCUUGCGCAAAUGAAUUCUGGCCUUGCCUUCUGGAAAAAGCCUAUGCAAAACUCCUGGGUUCAUACCAAAACCUGCACUGGGGGGACCCCGCAGAAGCCUUUGUGAACUUCACAGGAGGGGUGACUGUGACGUUCAAGCUGCAGAGCAGCAAAGUGCACCAGGAUGAUCUGUGGUAUAUGAUCAGCACCGCCACGCGUGACACCUUGAUGGCCUGUAUAAAUGACGUUCAGGAUGACACAACCAAGAAACGAAGCUCAAGUGUCCCAGCAGUGUUUCAGAAAGCAAACAAUGACACCCGGAAGAUCAGUCUACCAACCAACAAAGAAAAUAUCGACAUCCAGAAGAACAGUCUACUGAGCAAUAAACUGCCAGAAAAUGUGUAUCUAAGUAGUGGCCUGGUGGACAGACACGCCUAUUGCGUUACGGACGUUGUACAGGUCAAAUCUAGGAAAGGAAUGGUGAAGUUAAUUCGGCUAUGGAAUCCGUGGGGUUUUGGAGAAUGGCAGGGCAGUUGGAAUGAUAAAAGUCCCCAAUGGAACGAUCUGCAGGAAGAGGACAGGAAGGCUCUGCAAAGGGUCCGAAACGAUGGAGAGUUCUGGAUGUCUUGGGACGACUUUCUAUGCGAGUUUUCCAGGCUCAUUGUUUGCAAUCGGAUGCCAGUAUUUUUGGACUGGGGAAAUCAGCCUGAGAAAUGGUACAAGGACAUGUACUGGAGCAAGUGGAGCCGAGAGGACAGUUCCUGGAACAUCUUCAGUAAAGACUGCUUUUACAAGAACCCUCAGUACAUUAUAACAGUGACUCCGUCUGACGAGGUGAACAAAGGGUUAAAUGCCGUCAUCUCCCUCAUGCAGAGCACCAGGAAUCGGCAGAAGUUCGAUGGCGACUGGCUGCCGAUAGGAUUCUUGCUGCUUCCGGUGGAUUCCAAGGUCCAGGAGUCUCAUGAGAAGCUUCCAAGUUCAUUUUUCACCCCGGAGAAACUCUCGGGCCUAUUGGCACAAAGGAGGCGGGAUAUUACUGUUAGUUUCAAGCUGUCGCCGGGGAGAUACGUCAUAGCUCCAUACAGCACCGCGAGAGAACAGGAGUCUUCAUUCCUCCUGCAAGUGUUCCUGAAGAGCAAAUACUGCACAGCGGAGCUUGGUGUACCACAAGAGAGAAAGACAUGUGAAGUGCAACCGUAUGAGAAUAUCUUCCGGAAGUUCACUGCAAAGGGAUCCAAAAUGAAUGCUUGGGAUUUGCACAGAUCUCUGAAUGAUGCGUUUAUAAAGGAAUCCCCAUUUCCAAAUGGAGUCAAGUUUAACAUAGAUGGUAGUAGAGCAUUACUGGCUUCAGUGGAUUAUGCCGGCAGAGGAAUAUUGGACCCUCAAAACUUUGGUCUCUUGUGGAGCUAUCUUACCAAGUUUAAGGAUGUAUUUGCUGAUAUCGAUACCAGUCGUUGUGGAUACUUCAGUUUGCCUGAUCUUAACAAAGCGGUGAGCCGAACCGGUCUUCAAGUUAGCAGCGAUCUCCUUAGACAGCUGAUUGCUCGAUACGGAGACUCUGAAGAAAAACUAAACUUUGUUGACUACCUGAUCUGUAUGGUACGAGUGAAAUCAGUUUCAAAAACAUUUAAUAUGCUCUCAUGUGAUGGAAAAGGUGUUUCCAUUAAUCGAGAAAGGUGGAUGCAACUCAUGAUAUAAAAGGAAUGGACAAAAAGGAUAAUUCUGCAGUCGCUGAACAGAACACAGCGGCACUGCUCUGCACUAUUCCCUGCCCUGCGUCCAUUUAUCUCUGCUGAUGAAAGAAAACAACUUGGACAUGAACGCUGUACAGGGAAAGGACUGCUGCUCACCCCUGCCACCCUCAGGCACAGGCCCACUGUGCCUAAUAAUAAUUCAGCCAUGACACAAGUGUAUUGAAAUAAUCACAAAAUAGACGUAUAACACGUAAUGUUAUUUUUUUUAUUGUACGUUAUAGCAUACUGUAUAUUAUAUAUCCCCUAAGUGAGGCUCCAUCACAGUACCACCCUUUACACAGGGUAACCCCUAAACCAGCUAGUCACACUUACCAAGCGGAUUGUUUCUGGGCAGUAGAAGGAAAUCGGAUAACCUGAAGGAAAGCCAAGUGAUCACAGGAAACAUUCUCAAACGUUCUCCAAGGAAUGAACUAACCCCUGGUGUACAGAAAUAAAUCAGACUUUUCACAUA